AUGGCUACCAACUCUAGUGUAGCUUCCCACUAUAUCACGAGCCAUAAGCACCAGUGGUCGCUUCCAACCUGUUCCUGUAUCCCGUGGUUUGCUAUGCUCAGCAUCGAAUGUCUGGCCAUAGUCAUCCUCAACUUCAUCACCAUUAUUGUAUUUGUGAAGCAGCGCCAGCUACAGAGGAAAAGUACAUACUUGAUCAUCCAUUUGGCCAUAGUUGAUUUGUUGGUCGGAGCCGUAUCAGGACCGAUGCUGAUACAUUCACUCGUUUGUUGGUGUUACGGGAAAAGUUGGGAUAUAACGUUUUCAAGAAUAAGUUUAGCAAUACGUACUUUUUUCCCCUUCACAUCUCUUGUUAAUCUCGCUUUCAUCUCGUUUGAACGAGUACACGCCACAUAUUGCCCUUUUAAGCACCGUUUAAUCACGAAAUGGGUUUAUGGACUAGUCAUAGCUUUUAUAUAUUUAUCAGCAAUAUGCAAAAGUACAAUGGAAGCAGUAAUCACUCGGCCGUUUAGCUUUAUUUGGGUUUAUAGUUCUUAUUUCGUUCUUCUGGUUCUCAUGUGCAUAUGUUACAUUUCAAUUUAUAUCAAAGUUCGUUUUAGUCGUCAACAUCAACUUAAUGGUGCAGCCGGCCUGAGGGAGAGAAAACUGACGAGAACAUUGUUUCUUGUCACCAUAGCAUCAUUAUUAACUUUUCUACCAGGUGUUAUUGUGAACAUUAUGAUUUUCUUUCAUAUCAUGUCCUUUUCAAACUGGUCCACUCCUCUUACAAUUACUGGCACUAUAAUAACAUUAUUCUUUGCCAACUCGCUAAUAAAUCCUAUUCUCUAUGCAGUGCGGAUGCCAGAAUUUAGGGCAGGUAUAUCAAAGAUGGUAUUUUGCAGGACACCUCAAGACCAUCGAAAUCCGGUCGAAUAUCCACUUCGCGAUCUUUAGUUCAUGCCGACACUUAAUUUUUUUGCAAUA